AACAUUCGGCUGGCAGCACCCGAGUUUUACUGCAAAUCAAUGCAAGUUGGCAGGCCCCCUCAAUGUGAGACUGCGCAGAGCGCGUAAGACAAAAACAGAGAGACGAAGAGCUGUCAAACGGUUAAUGUGCACAACAAAAUAACGCUUUGGAGUCGUCGCGUCGCUGAGAGCAUAUCCGAAAACUUGAGAAGAACCACACAGCCUAUGGCAGUAAAUUGAACAGUCGGAUUGAAUAAAGGAGCUGACGGGUAUUAUGAUAAGUACAAAGCUGGACAACAAAAUGCAACGAUAUUAUGCAGAACGCGAGACUACAGGACCAGAAUUCGACGAUCGCUUGAUAAAACUGGUCCGUGCCAAUCCAGCCAUCUACGAUGUCAGCCAUCCGCACUAUCGCCGCAAUCCAGUGAGAGUCGACAUAUGGGAUCGCAUUGCCAACGAGCUGGGCGCCUCCUCACGCUUCCUGCAGACGAAAUGGAAGAACAUACGCUACAAUUAUCUGCAGGAGAUCAAGAGCCUCGAGACAGGACAAAUAAAUCCGAACGUACGGAAGCGACGCUUCACGGAAGAUCUCUCCUUUCUCCAGAACACCGCCCAAACAUACAAUGUGAAGAAGAACCAGACAUUUGCAGCGCCCCCCAAUAAUGGAAGCAGCGACAACGACAGCAACAGCUUCCUCUAUCCCGAUCCGGAGCACUUGACGGUCGAUGCGUCGGGCAACUAUGACAUCAUUGAGCUGGACAACAGUGAGGAUGGAUCGCACAGCGACGACAAUGAAAUCGUGCCCGAGCUGCAGCUGGUCAUGGAGCCCAAGUUGGAGGUUUCCAUUGAGGGGGCCUUGAAUGGCACCAACAGCAGCAGCAAUAAUAGUCGCAACAACACCCUCUAUAGCUCACCGGCCUCCUCGCCCCUCCUCACGCCCAUGGUGGUCAUGGGCAAUGGGUUUGACCAAGACGUGCCUGUGGAACGGCACCGGCCGCAGCAUCAGCAUCACCACCAGCAUCAUCAGGACAUCAAGAGCAGCUCCCUCUCGAACGGAGAGGUUACCAUAGAGCCCAUAUAUAAGCCAGCGGCCACACGGCGUACGGCGGCCAGCGAUAUUAUGGGUAAUGCAGCCAAACGCAAGGCCAUGGUCGCCCCCCUGCCUAGCCUGGCGCCCAUCAAUGAUCCCAUUGAGCUGUAUUGCCUUUCACUGGUGGACACUCUACGGAGCAUGCCCAGGUCGGAGCGGGAAAGGGUUAAAUUUGAAUUCGCCAACAUUCUAAAGGAUGCCAAGUACAAGGACCAGUCCUAAGGGACUACUGCCUGCGAACGGCGAUCUCUAAUCCAUAUGCAAUACGUACAACCUUCGAUUUGAGGCAUACAAUCGAUUAAACAAACCACACAGCCACAGACAGGCACUCUUUUUUUACACACUUAUACCACACCUAUGUACUAUUCCAUUUUCAUAGAAUUUGUACUUGCUGCGUCUGCCUGUGUGUCUAGGUAGCAUAAGCAUAAGUUAUCUUGUAUUUAUAUAUUUAUUACGUCGAGGCAGCCUGGUGAGUGUCCCCUCUCGUCGUAUCUAUUAAGUUGUAGCAUCAGAAAUACAAAAUAAAGUGUGCACAAAUCAUGCCCAGUCCGGUCCCUUUCCUAUUUUUGAAUCCCUCUGAUUUCAAUUGCUGCUCGCGAGGGAUGCAGCACAGAAUAGUAUGUAUUUUAUUAUUCCAUUAUUUUAAAAUUAGUGUGUAAAACGUAUAAACUACAAAAAAAGAUAAGGAUCUUAUACCUUGUAUACAAAUCAGAGUAACAUUUAAUCGUUAUCUUCGUUUAGCGCAAAAACUACAAAUUUAUCUAACGGAGAGACCCGACACGUGUGCGUGUGUCUGUGGGGGGCUCUCGCACUUUUCACCGAUUAAAAAACUGAAUAU